AUGAGCGUCGCCACAAUUGAUGACUCUGGCGGCAAUCAACUCAACGAGGGACCUUCGACCGCUUCGCUAUUCACCGCCCUCGUAAGUCUUUUUCUUCUUUUCCGUCGUUAUCUUUUCCUCUAUACAAACGCGCGCGAAUACGGUAUCUCCUUCGCAAGAGUCACGUACACAAUCGAUGAGAAGCCAACCGUUCUAUACUUCCAGAUGCUCAGCCAACAGCCGUCCACCUCGUCUGCCGCUUCGCUGAAAUGCGGAUACUGUGGCCAAUUGCCGGUGCAACUCCAUCCGUGUCUCUUCUGCGGAACCGUCACAUAUUGCUCCGCCGAGCAUCAGGUUGGUAUCAUCGAGCCGUCAGAUGAUGCCGAUAAACAAGUGAAGGCGCUUUCUCAUUAGACAAACAAGUGUUCGCACGUAAGCUCUCCAUUCGCAUGCUUCUCCAGCGCUCUUCUGACUUUUGUACGUUGGCUUCUGGUGUCGUCGGCGUGACACUAAUCCCUUCCUCAACUUCGUCGUCUGGCUGAGAUGUCGUCAAAUUCAAAGUCAGAUGAUGAUGGCCACAGUUUCAGUCAAAUGUGUUUUUUGACCUUAUCACUUAUUCGUGACCGGUUUCUUCGCACCGUCACCUCAUAAAUGUCACGUGACUGUGAGCGGGUCGGCGAGCAAACCUGCGGAUAGCGCGAGAACGUGUCGAUUCGAACAUUUUGCGGACGAGCGCGGCAGAGGAGACCUUCUUGUGUUUGAAGCGCGCAGACGAGAGAGAGAGAGAGUUAGAGAGAAACACUCUAUGUUUAUUUGGAAGGGCACAAUGCGAAAGACCAGAAACUUCAUGGAAAUGCGACUGAUCACGACUGACCGAUUACAAAUCCUCCCGUUUUUGGCUCGUGCUCCGCUGCACAAAUCAUAGCGUUUCGCACGUCUUCUUCAACUUCAAAAGCAGCUGGAAAGGUUUUCAGUCGGAGACCAGAGAAACGGGAAAAGGGAAAGCAUUUCGAUUUGUGCUCGCCGAUUUAGCUGGAAUCAUCUAACUAGGGCACGCCUUUGCACUUUGCUUCUGAUGAAAAAACACAUCGCCAGAGUCACGUAGGCAAAAGUAGAAGAUAAAGGAACAGGCACGCCGGGAGACUAUUUGUGUACGUGUUCACCACGUGGACGUGUCUAAUUCCGUCGUCCGCGUGUUUUCCAAAAACAGCCGCGCCUCUUACGAAGUUGUGUUUAUUCCUCAUUCCCACUCAAUUUUCAGAAGUUUCACUGGAACACUCACAAGAUGCUGUGCAACUCUCUGACGGCAAGCGGCCUCGUCUCGAGUAACCUGAUGCCCGCGACGACGGCACCUCGGACCGUCUCAUUCGACGAUCCGACGCUGGCGGCCACCUCGCUGCUCCUGUCGCUCCAGAGCAAUCCGCUGCUGACACACGCCGUCAGCAGCUUCCAGCCAACAUUCUCUAUCGUCCCCCAAACAGAAUCGGAGCCAAUUCCUCAGCGGAAUCCAUUGGGGGCGACGGCGUUCGGCAGCGAAAAGAGCGCUUUCAAACCAUACAGAAGCACGCACGUCUUCAACUCGCUCUCCUCCGAAUCCAUCGCUUCUCUGGGCUUUGCUUCGCAAGCCUCGCUGGACCACAUGUCCUCUGCUUCGUUGGCAAUGUUUCCGUCGAGCAGUACCGCUCAGAGUGAUAUCAGCAACCUAGGUAACACAAAUUUUGUACGUAUCUCUGACUAAACUAUUGCUUUGCAGCUACCAUAUCCGCCCAAGUGCUGAGUCUCGCCAAGGAUUCGUCGGCACCAAUUGGUCUCGGAGUUCCAUCGACGUUAUCGACGCUUUCGAUGAAAAAGGAGCCGAUCGUCGUGGGAAAAGAGAAGUUCAUUCCGACCGACGAUCCGGAUAUUCAGGUAGGUCUUCUGAAAUCCCGUAAAGAUCACAACCACAACCGCCUUUCGGCUCGCUUCUGGGCGGACGUGCCGUUUUGCGAGCCCGCCCGGGAUUUACGUGAUUUGUGAGAAAAGUGGAGUUUGUGAAAGGAAGAAAUGCUCCACUGCCUUUGGCUCUCCACACACAUACACAUAAUUAUGAGGAACAGAAGAGAGCUGUUCAAAGGGCUCCGAAUGGCUACCGUAAUCCGUCUACCCCCCACGUGUCUGCUCUUUGCUCAUUCGCUUCGCUGCUUGUCUUCUCAUUAUCAUUAUUCUCUCUAUGUGAGCAAUCCUGACGACCCGAGGACCAGCACAAACUUAUUUAUUUCCCUCUCUCUCUCUCUCUCUUUCUCUAUCGACUUGUGCCACAAAAAGUGACAAAGUACACGUAGUAGGCGCUUCUUCCGGUUCCACCACUUCAUCCCGAGAAAAUGUUUUCUCCGAGUAGACGAGGAACGUCGUCUCGCCGAAAAUAAUAUGCGCGAAUGUCACGUAGUCAGAAAGCCGGAAAUUCACAUCAACACUUGGUUCGGAAUCUGAAAAAGAAAAGGGGAAAGAGAAGAAAGAAGCGCACGUGAGUUGUGCGAGUCUGGGGUACGGUAGUACGUAGACCUUUCUCGUUUACGUGCAGAUUUGUGCAGCCGACGCUUAUCGUUUCGUUAUCAGCUUCAAAAUGAGCGCCGCCUCUCUCUCUCUCUCCCUCUCUAUCCUUUCCAUUCUCGAAUUCAUUUCGGCACGUUUUUCCGUAUUCACUCGCUUUUCCGCAUCACGCACGCUCCCUUUCCCUCUCGCCGCCGUUGUUUUUAGUUUUCCUGAAUCGUUCCUCGCAUUCCGCACGUGUGCCUAAUUCUCUUCCUCGAUUCCAAACCGUAUACCAGCACGUCUCACUAAACGUGCAAAACGAAACGAUUCGUGCGCACAUCGUCACGGUGUCUCCUCCCUUCUCUGCAGCCCCCGACGACCGCCCUGUCUUCAUCUUCUUCUUCUUCUUCUUCUGCUUCCUUCCCUUCCGACUGCUUCUGUCUUUUCUGUUCUGUUCUUUUCAUUCGCAACUUUUCAUGCAAAUCAGAACGUUCCUCCUCGUCCGCUUCUCAAACUCGUCUCAUCCGUUUCUCUCAUCGCCAAUCGCACAGAUAUGCCAUUGCGCGCAAUCGCGACACCGCCAUCCUACUGUAGUCACACGCCGACGAUGUCUGCCGCCCAGAACCGCUGGUUGCCCUACCCGAAGAGAUCGGUAUGCGCGUGAACAGAUCAGACAGAUCAAAAAGUGUGUUGUGAGCCCAAAGAACGCACGCUUACUCAAACAUCCGCCACGAUUGCACAUUUUGUGCGAGACAGGUGUUGUUGCAAUUGCCACUGAAGACUGGGGUGUGUUGUGAUCCUUGCAAAAACGCCGGGAGGGAUCUAUGACAUCUCAUUACUUCUUUCCAGAUCAUCGAAACAGAGGGAAGCUCUUCGAAGGGCAUCUCGCGACCUCGCAAAAGGCCAACGCCCUCGAACUCGGCUGAUCCGAAGAUCAAGUACAAGGAUCACAGCAAGAACUGUGUCUAUUCGGUAAGUGAGAGGAUAACCGAAAAAAUUUCGACCGAGGCAGGACUCGAACCUGCAGUCUUCGGUUUAGGAGACCGACGCCUUAUCCAUUAGGCCACACGGCCACGGCCGAGAGCGCCGCGAGACGGCAGUUAUAUAGCGAUGAAGAAUCAGACGAGCAGAGAGAAAGAGAGAGAGAGAGAAAGAGAAAGGGAGGGUGACCCUUCUUGCUUUGCAGACAACGCUCCAGGAACACCAGCGACAUAUACAGAGUCGAGGAAUGGCGUUCAACCAGCACCAUGCGAUGAUUUUGAGAUUGAAAGUAGGUUACCGUAAUCUUGCACUUCUACAGUAAUCCGAUACGUUACAGUAUAUUGCCGAACACGUGAUCAGAAGCCUCAACGAAUUCGGAUGGGCCGUCGUGGACAACUUUAUGGGCAAAGAGAAGUUCAAGUAUACAGCGAAGUAGGUGUGAUUCAUUGGGGCAUGAUGGUGGUUAGUCAACAAGAGACCAGAUGUUGAAUUCUCACGUAAAUUCUCCUUUCUCAUGGUCCAUCGCAACUGGAGAAUAGAGAAUAGCAGCGUUUCUCCGAUCAGAAAACAAUGCUCGACCGCUUUCAGAGAGAUCGAAAUGCUGCACUCGAGGGGACUGUUCAGCCCGGGCCAACUGAUGGAGGGCAAGAAUAAGGACGAGGUGCACAUCAAGGACAUCCGUUCCGACCACAUCUACUGGUUCGACGGAUGCGACGAGCGAGCCAAGGACGCCGCCAGCACUCGUUUCCUGAUCUCGAUGAUCGACUCUGUUAUCAAACAUUUCAAUAAGCGCAUCGAUCAUAAUAUCGGAGGGCGAUCCCGUGCAAUGCUUGCCAUCUACCCCGGAGAUGGAACCCGUUAUGUGAAGCAUGUGGACAAUCCGGUGAAGGACGGAAGAUGCAUUACCACCAUCUACUACUGUAACGACAACUGGGAUAUGACCAAAGACGGCGGUGCUCUCAGACUGUACCCGGAGACCUCGAAGACCCCGAUGGACAUUGAUCCUCGGGCCGACCGGCUCGUCUUCUUCUGGUCGGACCGUCGCAAUCCGCACGAAGUGAUGCCUGUCUACCGUCAUCGCUACGCAAUCACCAUCUGGUACAUGGACAGAAGCGAGCGGGACCGGGCGAUGGCUCGUGGAAAAGAGGCGGAUGCCGCCAGCGCCGCGAAAAAAGAGAACGAUCCAACGCUUCCACGCAAGAAUCCCAGCUCGCACGAUCUUUCGCCCAUCGACUUCGGCUCCUUCCCGACGACUUCUUCCGAUCCGGGGCUCGCAUCCAGAGAAGACAGAGGUGAGCCUUCCGAGCAUCCACUACUGUCCCCGAUACCCCCUGCUUGGUGUGCUGAUGCUUGUGACAUGUCUGUGGUGUUUUCAGUUGAAGUCGUCUCCGAGUUCACAUCCUCUUCAAGUCUGACGGCUCCGGAAUCCACUGAUUCGGGUAAGAUGAUCGAUAUUGUCAGUAGACGGCGCUAAACUCUUUUUUGUUGAUUGAAAAUUGGAAAUUAGAGAUUAGAAAAAAUGGUAGAGCAUGGUUUGAUUGGUAGUGACCAUAGAAUGCAAAUAGGAAAACAGUAUCCUCAUAAUCAUUUGUAUUCCUAUUCCAGGAGUGUCCCUCUCCGCCCUCCACGACGGUCCGUAUCAUCCGAUGGACCGCGCCGGCAGUCUGCAAUCCAUCUCGGACCACUUCCGUUCGGGCGAACGCCGCAGCUCGACGAGCAGCGACCAGGAACUCGACGAGGGUCUUCCGCCGCCGCCGUCCGCCGAUCCGGAAUUCAUGAUCUGA